AUGGAUUUUUUGGACUAUUGGGGUUUGAUCAAUUAUCACCCAUUCCUGCAGACUGAGUCUGCUGUUGUGGGUGCUGCUGAUGCUGACGGAUUGGCAAAGACAGACUUUUUGGUUGAAAAAUUGUAUCGCUUUGAAACAGACCUGUCACAUACGCCGGUAGUUCCUAGGACUAAUGUAGCGACACAGACUGUGCCUUGGGGAUUGUUUCCGGAGUCCGUUGUUGCUGAAGAAUCAGUGAAUUCUGAGGGACCGUCCAUUGAUGCACUGUACAGUACAAGAUACUUCAAAGUGGGGAGGAAGAAACAUGGCAGCGUUUCCAAGUUUAUCCACCCUCCAAACAUAUGCCUUCAACUUAGAAACUUGGUAAUUGGUAGUGUUUGUAAAUAG